AUGGCGCCAACUUCGCCUACCACUCAAGAACAGACCAUGCCCCCAGCUGGGUCUCCCCAGACGGCCUCAGCGCAGCCCCAAGCCGGAGCUGUGCCCACUGAGAUGCCUGGGGUGUCUAUCUCAAACCUCGAUCAGAACCAAAUCAUGUCGCUGCUGCGAAACCUGCCGACUGUAUUCACCAAGCUCGCUGAAGGCCAUAAAGACUCGGAUGCCGCACAAACGCUCUCCAACCUUUCGCAAGGGGCCUCCUUCCCCAUUCAGUUCCAAGGCCACCAAGUCCCCCAGCACCAAGUGCAGACGCACGGCCAGCCUCUCCAGCAUGGUCUUCCUAUGCCCACCAUGAGCGAACCAGGACCAUCCUCGCACCCUCGAGGACCCCCAAAUCUCGGGCAAUUGAGUGCUCUUGCUAUUCAAGCCCAAUCGAUGGCUGCGCCUCGCAACGGUGAAUCGGGACCUCGCGAAGGAGAUGACGGCGGAGAUGGCGAUGAAGGAAAUCAGAUGAACGACCAGUCCGGCUCUCCUUCUGGCCCCACUAACUCAGCUGGUGGGAGGAGAGGCGGACGCAAUUCAGCAGCCAUUGGAAGUGACGAAUGGGCCAGACAGCGAAAAGACAACCACAAAGAAGUUGAGCGACGACGGCGCGGUAAUAUCAACGAAGGCAUCAACGAGCUCGGGCGUAUCGUCCCCAACGGCUCGGGCGAGAAGGCCAAGGGCGCGAUAUUAUCCCGGGCCGUCCAAUAUAUCCACCACCUCAAAGAAAACGAAGCACGGAACAUCGAGAAGUGGACGCUUGAGAAGCUGCUCAUGGAUCAGGCUAUGGGUGAUCUUCAGUCCCAACUUGGAGAGGUCCAGAACCAGAAUGUCGAACUGCAGCGUGUGAAGGGGGAGAUGGAGAGACAGAUGGGAGAGAUGCAAGGAGAAAUCCUGGCGCUUCGAAAGCAGGUUGAGGAUGAGAGGAAGAAACGCGAGGCCGCGGAGAAGGACUCGACGGACAAAGUGGAAAUCGGGACCAAGCGACGAUCGCCGGAUGGUGAAGUCGCCGAACGAGAUGAUGCAGAGAAGAAGCAGAAGACCGAGUGGGUACAUCCUCCCGCCGUUACCGCCAUUUGCUGA